AUGGCCCAUCUUCAAUACUACAGCUACCCUGGGGUGGGCACUAGCAACAGAGAACGAUUUUCAUACAGCCAGGCUGUGAGAGUUGGAGACACCAUCCAGUGCUCUGGGCAAGGAGGAUGGGAUCCGGAGGGAAAGGUUGAUCGAAUUCCCACUGAGAUCAACGAGCAAAUCGACCAAGCGUUCAAGAACGUGGAGCACAACCUGAAGGAUGCUGGUGGAAAAGGAUGGUCCCAAGUCUUUCGAGUGAACUCUUAUCAUGUGCCGAUCAACGACGAAGCUAUUGCGGCAAUGUCUAGAAAUUUUAAGAAGUGGAUGCCGGAUCAUCAGCCUAUCUGGACUUGUGUAGGAGUUUCUAGGCUGGGGGAAGACGAUAUGAGAGUGGAGAUUGAAGUCGUGGCACAUGAUCCGGAUGGUGCCAAGAACACCGGAGCUUAG